AUGCUCGGCGUGUCCGCAGGCCUCACGGGCACCCCCGGCGGAGGAGCCCCGCCGGCGGCGAGAGAAGGCCAGGAGAGCGGCGGCGCUAGCGGCGGCAGCAGCGAGGUCGGCGGGCCGGGACCGGUCAAUCCGCGCGGCGGCGGUGGGGGCUUUGACGAGGGCGAUAGGAGUGUCGGCGGCGGCGGCGGGAACCGGUGGCCGCGGCACGAGACGCUUGCUCUGCUGAAAAUCCGGUCGGACAUGGACGCCGUUUUUAGGGAUGCAAGCCUCAAGGGGCCAUUAUGGGACGAAGUCUCCAGAAAAAUGGCGGAGCUUGGAUUCCAGCGCAGCGCCAAGAAGUGCAAGGAGAAAUUCGAAAACGUCUACAAAUACCACAAGCGGACUAAAGACGGCCGCGCGGCCAAACCCGACGGCAAGAGCUACCGAUUUUUCGACCAGCUCGAGGCAUUCGAGUCCUCCGCGGCCGCCUCCGCCCCUCCUCCUCCUCCUCCUCCUCCUCCCCGACUUCUGCCAUCCACUGCCGCGCAACCUCCACCUCCACCGCCACCCAACCUCCAAAUCAUCCCACCCAACAUCACCGUCUGCUCCUCCAACAGCCCAACUCCCCUAACCAUAAUCCCUCCAAUCUCAGCCGCCCCACCAAUAUUUCCUCCGCCGUCAUCCUCCACCUCGUCCGACGAGGACAUGCAGAUGGAGCGGCGGCGGCGACGACGGAGUUCCGGCGGCAGCAGCCGUAAGAGAAAUUGGGAGGAAUACUUCGAAGGGCUCGUGGGUGAGAUUGUUCGGAAGCAGGAGGAGAUGCAGAACCGAUUCUUAGAGGCUCUCGAGCGGCGGGAGCUCGACCGGGCCGCUCGCGACGAUGCUUGGCGGGCCGAGGAGGCGGCCCGGUUGGGCCGGGAGCGCGAGCUUCUGGCCCAGGAGCGAUAUGCGGCCGCUGCCAAGGACAAGGCCGUGCUUGCCCUUCUGCAGAAAGUCGCCCGGGAACAGAAUCUGCAGAUUCCUAUCAACACCGACAAGCCGCUGCAGCCGCUGCCGGAGGCGGCGGCGGCAGAUCCACCAGAAGCUGAGGCGGCGGGGGGCUCUUCGAGGUGGCCGAAGGCGGAGGUGGAGGCGCUGAUAAAGCUGAGGAUGGGGAUGGAAAUGAAGUAUCAGGAGAACGGGCCGAAAGGCCCGUUGUGGGAGGAGAUAUCGGGGGAGAUGGGGAAGCUGGGUUACCGGAGGAACGCCAAGAGGUGCAAGGAGAAGUGGGAGAAUAUAAACAAAUACUAUAAGAAGGUGAAGGAGAGUAAAAAGACGAGGCCCGAGGAUUCGAAGACGUGUCCGUAUUUCCACCAGCUGGAGGAGAUUUACAGGGAGAAGGGAGGCGGCUUUUGA